UCCCUGUCUGUCAUUCGCUGCGUCUCUCAUUCCUGCUGGUUUAUUCUUUCAUGUCUUCUGGUUUUCUAGUGGUUUGUGCUGUUUGUGUUUGGUUAGUCUUGGUUUGGACUGCCUCCCUGUCGACCUCAGGACACCUUCCUUUGGAGAAGAUGAUCUGCAGCAUCCUGCUGCUCAUCAUCCUGACCUCCUGUGUCUCUGGAACAUUUGUAGUGAAUGUGACCCAGACCUCCUAUCAGGCAGAGGAGAACCACGACAUCACACUGGAGUGGACCUUCACAACCAACCCUCACAGUUCCUCCAACUCUCUUAAUAUCUUCUGUGAACUGUUAACUGAUCUCAAGAAUCCAGUCCUGUUUCAUCUCCAUGAAGGAGUUGAGGUCCCAGAGUCUCAGGAUGAACAGUUUGCAGGACGAGUCCAGUGGGACAAAGACAUCCUCGGAGAAGGACGACUCAGACUUCAUGUGUCCAGACUCAGGACUGAAGACUCAGGACUGUACCUGUGUGAUAUUCUCACAGAUUAUGGGAGUAAGUCUGGUAGAUGUUGGCUCAAUGUUACUGCAGCGAGGGAUCGGCCUGAACCUGAGACACCAAACACAACAAGUCCACAACAACCAGAGAGUCGGGGAAGGAUCGGUCUCUACUGUGGACUGGGACUGACAGCAGCAGCAGUUCUGCUGGCGUUCUGUACUCACUUCUUAGUCUUACGUCUCUCACUUCUUAGUCUUACGUCUUUGUUUUACAAAAUCUACUGAUAACAAAAGAAAUCACCUACAGUUUGUAGCUGUACAGAUGUCAAGUUUAUCAGAGAAACAAGCCAUCAGGACUAACAGCACUCAGUCUGACCAGAGAGUCGGGGAAGGAUCGGACUUUACUGUGGACUGACAACAGCAGUUCUGCUGGUUGGUUGUUUUUGUUUAUUCAGACACUUUCUUUCUAGAAAUCAAGAUUUCUACUCAGAGAAAAAUUACAGUUCACCAAGUGCAUCAGUAGAAACUUUAAUCAGACAAAACUGUUAGAAUUAAAUUUUAUACCACAUAGACAGAAAAUACUAGUUUCUCACAAACAAACAAAGUUGUUUGAAACAAAUACUAUUCAC